AUGCAUAGAUAUGUUUCCACUUUUGUAAUACUGAAAAACAGUGUUAUCCUUUUAAACAGUUUUAUAGAUUGAUUUUAGAAUUUAAAUUAGAUAAUAUCGUUCAAUUAAUGAAAAUUAAAGAAGUAUAACAUUUUGAGUAGUGCCUCCGUUAAGAUUAUAUCGCAAUCAUGCAAAUUUAUCCGCAAUAAUAUUGUUUUACAACCCAUUUAUUAAAACUAAAAAGAACUCUAUCCCUGUAACCUAUUUAUAAUUUACAUAAAUUAUUUCACUUUAUUCAAUUUAUAAUUUAACUCUGUCUUAUGAUCUCAUGAUAGGGAACAUACGUUUGAAAAUAUUAACAAGGAAUGCCAAAACUAACCUUAGUUUACUUGAAGAUGCCAACAUGCUAUAAUAUUGACAUUUUAUUAUUUUGAGGUUAUUGUUAACUAUUUUUCACUUAGAAGUUUUCUUUCUUCACAUACAUAGUGUAAAACAAAUUUAAAUCAUGGUGGACAAACUACCAGUUAAAUUAGGAGGCACAGAUUAUACACAAAUAUUUAUUGCUGUUUUUGUCAUAGUUAUUACUUUAGUUCUUAUUGCACUUUAUAAAAGAAGGAAGAGCACAAGGCGUGGAAUUCUCUUAACUGGUAUUUGCGAUAGUGGAAAAACUUUAUUAUUUUCUCAACUAAUUCAUAAUAAGCAUAUACAAACGCAUACCUCUAUAAAGGAAAAUAUAUCAAAUUACAUUUUCAAUGGCGAUGCUCUGAAAGUUAUUGAUAUUCCUGGCCACGAACGUUUAAGGGAUAGAUUUUUUUCACAAUACAAAGACAUUGCAAAAGGAAUUGUGUUUGUAGUUGAUUCUAAUACCAUUACUCAAGAUAUCAGAGAUGCAGCUGAGUUUUUGUACAAUAUCAUCGUUGAUCCUGUUAUAGUUAAGAAUAAACCAAAUAUACUUAUACUCUGCAAUAAACAAGACUUUACAUUUGCAAAAGGAGGAUCAGCUGUGAAAUCAAUUUUUGAAAAAGAAUUAAAUACUCUCCGAACCACAAAAUCAAGUCAGCUAGAGUCCGUGGAUCCAAAAGUUAAAAAAGCUUCUCUAUUGGGAGAUUCCGACGAAGAUUUUGACUUUGGUGCCUUAUCAUUACAAGUGGACAUUGCAGAAAGUUAUGCAUAUCAUAAAAAUGGCAGUGUUGAUAUUGAAGGACUGAAAAAAUGGCUCUCUCGUCAAAUUUGAAAUUGUAUAUUAACUUUUUAAUUGUUAUGGCUUAAAAAAUGCACAAGCAAGUCAUUUUUUGUCAUUAUAUUAACAUAUUAAGAUAUAUUCAUUUGAAUUAUGUAAAUAAUUUUGAAAUAUACUUAUAGUUAAAGGA